AUGGUUUUGGAAACAUCAGAACAGCUGCUCUGCUGGCUGCCCGGGCGAGCCCUGAGCCGGGCGCAGCCCGAGGUGGCGACGCUGAGCCUCGGGCUGCGCGGACGACCUCUCGGGGAAGUCAGCCCGGCUUUCCUGUCUCUCACGCUGGAUGCCAGCCUGGCUCAAGACCCGAGAUACAUCACCUUCUUGAGCAACCCCAAGCUGCGCACCCUCGCCAGAGCCUUGUCCCCAGGCUUCUUGAGGUUUGGGGGCACCAAAACAGAUUUUCUGAUUUUCGAUCCCCACAAGGAUUCAACUUCAGAAGAGAAAAUCAUCUGGGAACUCCAGGCGAAGCAAGAUGCUUGUGGAUUGAGAUCUGGGUUUUCGGCUGUUGAGGAGCUGCUACUCGCCCAGUGGCCUGCCCAAGAGAAGCUCAUUCUUAAGGAACAGUACUGGAAAAAGCACAAAAACACCACCAUUACAAGAAACACCGUGGACAUCCUGUACAGCUUUGCGAACUGUUCGCGGUUCCAUCUGGUCUUCGGGCUCAACGCCUUGCUGCGGAAAAACGGCCUUCAGUGGGACAGCUCGAACGCGGAGCUGCUGUUGGAUUACUGCGCGUCUCGGCGCUACGACAUGUCCUGGGAGCUGGGCAACGAGCCCAACAGCUUCAGGAAGAAGUCGGGCGUUUACGUCGACGGCUUCCAGCUGGGACGGGAUUUCGUCCGCUUGCGUCACCUGUUGGACGGCUAUCCCCUCUACCGGCGCGCGAGGCUCUACGGCCCGGACGUGGGGCGGCCGCGGAAGCGCACGCAGAGGCUGCUGCGGAGCUUCCUGAAAUCGGGAGGGAAGGCGAUCGAUUCCGUCACUUGGCACCAUUACUAUGUAAACGGGCGAAGCGCGACACGGGAGGAUUUCCUGAGCCCAGACGUGCUGGAUACGUUUGCCACAGCUAUACGCGAUGUCUUUGAGAUUGUCGACGGAACCACACCCAGCAAAAAGGUCUGGUUAGGAGAAACCAGCUCCGCGUAUGGAGGUGGCGCUCCCAAUCUGUCCAAUACGUAUAUCGCUGGCUUCAUGUGGCUGGACAAACUUGGACUUUCAGCCAGGCAGGGAAUUGAUGUGGUGAUGAGACAGGUGUUCUUUGGAGCAGGAACCUAUCAUUUGGUGGAUGCAAAUUUUGAGCCCUUGCCAGACUAUUGGCUUUCGCUGCUGUACAAGAAUCUGGUCGGCACCAAGGUGCUGCACGUCAGCCUGAAGGGAGCCGAGCAGAGGAGGCUCCGCGUGUACCUUCAUUGCACAAACACCCACCACCCAAAGUACAGAGAAGGGGAUGUUACACUGUUUGCUUUAAACCUCUACAACGCCACCAGGUAUUUGCAGCUACCUGACGGCUUAUCUAGCAAGCACGUCGACGAAUACCUUCUGCUACCUCACGGGAAAGGGAACAUACUUUCCAAGUCUAUUCAGUUGAACGGCCAUGUCCUAAGGAUGGUGGAUGACAAAAUGCUGCCAGCACUUAACGAGAAACCUCUUGGUCCAGGGAGUAUUCUUGGCCUUCCAGCUUUUUCUUAUGGGUUUUAUGUUAUCAAGAAUGCCAAAGCUACUGCUUGCAUCUAAAUCUCAAAUACUCACUUGCAGGAUAACUGCAGUAGCAGUUAGCUAGUAACUAAGUUUGAUGCUAGAUAUUCACAUUUCUAUAGCGAGAUCUAAUUCUGGCAAUCGAUUCAAAUCUGCUGGUGGCGCUGGUACUCUUUGUGGGGUAGACAUGAAGUCAUACUGUAAAGUUGGUGUGUAAAACACAUGCUCGCUGGG